UCACAUCCAACUUCAACUUUAAACCUUCCACUGCCGCCUUCACACCAACUCUUAACAAUACCAACUCACGUCAUCGUCACACUGCAAACUUCCUUUUCCUCAAAAAUUCUUUUUAAACCCAUCCAUUGCAGUCUACCAUGUCGCACAUCACACUGGCCCAGCAAGGCCUCGCCGCCGCCGAAGCACGCAACUGGGAUGAAGCUAUCGAGAAGCUCUCAACCGCCUUGAAGGCCUCGCAGAACCCUGCAUGGCUGGUCGCCCGAUCGAAAGCCCUUAUCAACAAGAAGCGCUUCCAAGAGGCCCUCGACGACGCCAACCUUGCUUGGCAUACCGCAUACCAACGAAACAAGCGACCGCUCCUCAUCGAUGCCCACUACCGUCGUGCUGUCGCCUACUUUCGGCUUGGACAAUAUGCCAACGCCGAUGCAUGCUGCGUUUAUGCUAUGCGCUUAGUCAAAGGGUUUCCUGCGGUGGAGAAGGAAGAUCCGGCGAAGAAGAACACAGACGAGAAUGGAUUCUAUAAAGUGACCUUGAAGGAUGCUCAGGAAGAGUCAAAGACCGACGAUAUCAACAAGUCACAGGGAGGGGCGGCAGGUGCGCUGGGAGCACAAGGCAAUGAUGUUGCUAAUGCUAAAGAGUGGCGCAUUGCGAGCACUUUGCGAAUGCAGAUCCUGUUCGCUAUGGACAAGCUUCCAGAGGAUGACCCUGCACGCAAGCUCACCACGGCCAACAAGCCCGAGUUGAAGGAGCUAUCGGAUGUGGGAAGCAAGAAGGCUGAGACUAAGGAAUCAGCUGCUGCCACCCAAACCGCCCCAAAGCCUACUGUGCCCGCUGAUACCCCAGUACGACUCCAGGAAUUCCAGAACGACACCACUAUGACAGUAUCCAUCUUCUCCAAGGGCGUCAAUAAGGACAAGCUCCAGGUCCAGUUCAGCCCCAAAUCAGCUCACCUUGACUCUAUCAUUUGGCCCAGCGGCGACGAGAAGCCAUUCACACUUGAUCUGUGGGGUGAGAUUGACACAGAGGCAUCAACAUACAGGGUUACACCCAACAAGGUUGAGCUCGCACUCAAGAAAAAGGCACCUGGAAAGUGGGCGCAGCUCAAGGGAGAGGCAGGAGAUUCUGCUCCAGAUGCUGCAGCCGCUGCGGAGGCAGAAAAACUCAAGGUGCUCAAAGAUGCCAGAAAGAAGGCCAUGGACAACGCCGCGGCAGAGGCUCCUGCUCAAGAGAAGCCAACAGAUUCUACUGAGGCGAAAGAAAAGACCCCUGCCGCGCAAGACUCUUCCAAGCCGGCAUACCCCUCAUCGUCUCGUACUGGACCCAAGAACUGGGACACCAUUGGCGACGACAUUGACUCUGAUGAGGAAAAAGACGUCAACGUGUUCUUCAAGAAGCUUUUCAAGGACGCCUCUCCUGAGCAGCAACGAGCCAUGAUGAAGAGUUUCACCGAGAGCAAUGGUACAAGUCUCAGCACUGACUGGGAUGACGUCAAGAAUAGAACUGUUGAGACGGUGCCCCCUGAGGGUGUCGAGGCCAAGAAGUGGUAGAUGGCAAUCGUUUAUGAGCCAAGGAUGGGAGAUAUUAUGUUAUGACUACUGAUCAAUGAUUCAUGAUCUAUGGUGUUUGGUGGGCUAUUUCGGCGUAUCGGAAAGGUAAUGGAAAAGCAGCUCAAACUGAGCCAUCAAUUGAACCAGUUCGUAAUUUUCGCUAUGCCGUGCGUGUUCUAUAUGCUAUCCCAAGUUCAACACCUCAUAAUCCCUUUCUCCCAACUCCGCAGCUCCUUUUCUCUUUAAGCCGUCAACAGCGCUCUCAACCUGUCCCCCGACCUUGUCAAACCACUUCGACGCCUUCAACUCCUCAUCCUCCAACGUGCGACUCCAUUCCUUGCCACUGCGAUACUCCGCUGCCAAAGCUUCAGGCACAUGUAGCACACGGCUCACAAGAUCCUCUCGUGCAAUAUACGCUCCUCUCAACCAUCUCGAUCCUCCACCAACGUCAAACUGAUUCCUUCCAUGCAUGACCCUCAUGUUAUCGAAAAGCACACACUCUCCUGGCUUCAUCUUCAUCUCGAACAUGGCAUCGGGGUCAUUGAUCAACCCAUCGAAUAACUGCGCUGGUUCAAGCCAGGCUCUUGCAUCAACGGCGGGAACCUGGAAUUGAUUCUGAAAAGGCGGACUCCAGUAUACAGCUGCGAGAUCUCCAUCUGGUCCAACGUCAAACAGUGAUCGCUGCUGACGAUAGAAGUAUCCGUGCUUCUCAUAGUGAUAUGGAAUCUUGACACGAGCGAGAUUCUUGACUGUUGGGGAGUUUUGUAGCCACAGUAGCUUUCCAGCGAACAAUCCAUCACUAAAUAGAGACUCUCCGCCGUUGCACGAGUUUUCCAUGCAGUGAAGAAGUUGGAUUGCGGGUGGACUCUCGAGGUAUAGUAAAUCCUGAUGAAGACCAAGAUAUCCGCUUGUGUACGCUACAUUCUCGGCGUCUGGCUUAGCACGAACGUCGAAAGUGCGACCAUAGAAGGUUUCUUUAAUAUUUGCGAUGCGUGUUGUAAUGUUGACGAUGGAGUUCUCAUCAUGCGGUACGUUCUUCAGAAAUACAAGACCGAGAUUCGAUAGAUCGAGAAGAGUAUGCCAGAAUGCAUCAUCGCCCUUCAUGAACUCAUGAUAGUCAAUCUUUCGCACACGUUGCUGAAUAGUCGCUUUGUCCCAGAACGUACGCCCUGUUUUGGGAUACACUGCGUCUUGUCUUGGAUAUGGCAUUCUCUCAACUGGUGCAUGGCCAAGUGCCUUGUCGACAGAACUCCAAGGAAGAAUCAUCUCGUGAUCUUUGUACAUGUCGUUUUUAAACGAGAUGCCCACGCCGGUUGAAGUCGUGUGGAUGCUGUCAAUGGCGAUGUCUGAGGGAAUUGCUGUUGUCGCAAAGCUCUUUUGACCAGAGGCUGGAUCGACGCAUGUUGUGCAGGUACAGCUAUCGCGAAGAAUGGUGGCAUCAAGGCGUGUCCAGCCGCCAUGCUUCUCAUCUUGAAUUUGGAUGAAGCGGUCUCCGCUGGAGAUGGUGAGGUUGUUGUCUUUGGCUGAGAGGGUUGUUGUUGGCUCAAACAGCGGCGGAAUCCCAAAGUUCUUUGUUGUGAGAGUCCGUCGAUGUGUACGACAUUGUGAAUUUGUUGGUUUGAGGCUGAUUCUCUGAGCACUUGCUCGAGUUGAUGAGAGUCCACGAGGGAGAGCUCUACAGCUGUAAGCUGUCAACCUGCAGGAGAACAUGAUAGCGUCGGCCUUCUAUUAACACAAACAAAACGUACUAUCAAGAAACGAAAGAACUCUAUGUGACAAGUCAAGAUUGAAGUUGAGCAAGGAUCUAUAUCUAUAUAAUAA